GUCCCCGCGCAUGAUAUUUUUUCCUUCUUCUUCCUUCAUUUGGUCGUCGGUGUUUGUGCAGUGAACAUUGUUUUGCGUUGUGCGUAACACGUGCUAUAAUUUUAAAUUCUUUUUCCAAUUUUCAUUUAAAACUUGCUUAUAAUUAUGGCAGACGCAGCCGUUGAAAAGAAAGACGCCGCCGCGCCUGAGGAGGUCACCUCCACCGAAUCCAAGGAAUCUCCAGUCAAAAAAUCUCCCACCAAGAAAGCCGAAGUACCAGAGAGCAAUGGAAAGGAAAACGGAACUGAGGAGGCGGCAGAAGAGGCGCCGGCAGAGAACGGAGACGCGGAAGAAAGCAACGACGCCACCGAAAACGGCGACGCGACAGAGAAGAAAGAGGCUGGUGUGAAAAGGAAAUCUGCGGCAGCCGAUGAGGUCGUCGAGAAGACCACACCUGAGAAGAAGGCGAAAGUAGCGGAGGAACCCCCGGCAGAGGCGGAGGAGGCGGCCGCCUAAGCCACACGCACACCACCACGCUUGGUUUACUGCAAUGCAUCGACGUACAUUAGGGCUCAACUCCCCGAUAUAUUUCCCAACCCCACACGACAUGCCAAAACCAUAGUUUUUAUACAUUUUGUACAUUGUGAAGAGUUGAGCUCUUUUGCGACCGCACUUUAAGUUUAGGUUUUAUAAUACAUUGUGUAUUACCUUACCUGUGAAGUACCUGUAAAUUGUAAAUGUAAUGUUACUGCAGUGACCGAGUGCAUAGCAGUGAACUGAUCGCACGAGUCGGUCUGCGUGUCGCAUCACGCUGUUUGCGAUGUGUCUCAUCAGACUACGGUUACUGAAUUGAUGGACGUGUCACGGGUCACCACUGUCGCCAGUAACGUACUGCCAAAGUAAUUCACCGUGAGUGAACUCAAUUCACAAUCCGUUCUGUGAACGACGCGUUUUGUAAAACAGCUUCCGAAAAACAAGGAUUUAGAUAAACUAAGAUUAAUUAAAGCGUUUAGAUAAUUAAUUCAGUUGUAAAUUUAAGUUAGCAGUUAAAUGUCGCACAUUUAUAUAUUUCAUAGGCAUUAUUACUUAACCAUUCAAACAUUCCUUUGACAUUUCGGUAACGGAUUGCAAUGUGGACGCGCCGGGAGACCUGCGAUAGUGUUCAUGAUGUAAAACUAAUUUUAAGAUUGAAAUUUAAUUAAAGUUCAAAGUUGACAAGGUGAUAGUUUUCAUAUUGAUAUACUAACUCGCGUGCUAUUUUGUUUGUAAUUCUAUGGACGUCUUUAUAUUCUUAUAUCCUGUUUUUCUAAUUUAUUUUCUUUAUGAUAUGUGAUAGUUAACAGACCUCGAUAUAAGAUAACCUUUAUGGAAAUGAAUCUUCAUUUUUAUUGUCAUAAUGACUCGUAACACUGUGUUCCUUACUAAGUUAUAAAAUUGUACUAAAGUUUUGACUAAUUUUUUCAAAUUUGUGACUAAAAUGUUUCAAACUCGUUUCGAAUACAUUAGUAUUAGAAUAUAGUGGCGUGUACAGUUUGACAUUUACUUCCCACAACUGUGGACUUAGUGAUUGUAAACAUUUCUGGCAAUAAAAUAGUCCAAUGAAAA